AUGAUCAAGAAGAAGAAGAAGAUCAUUCUCAUCAUCCUCAUCCUCGCUGCAUCAUUCACAUUAAUGCUGGUUUCAGCUGAAGCGAGGGUCCGUGUCAGCGUGAUCAACAGGCUGGGAGACGGCAGGAAAAUGCAGAUACACUGCCGGUCGAGCGACGACGAUCUGGGGCUCCAGAAAGUCGACGACGGCUGCGGUACCGCGUGGAGCUUCGCCGUCAACUUCUGGGGGACGACGCUAUUCUACUGCGACGUGAAGUGGGAAGAUCAUCGGGGGUCGGAAUCCGGCGGUGGCUGGAAGCACUUUGAUGCCUAUGAUGCGCAGAAAGAUUUCAGGAGGUGUAGCUCCGAGUGCAAAUGGAUGAUCUCCAGCGAUGGCUCUUUGUAUGGCUUUGAUCAGGAAUGGGGGACUUGGGAUCGGUACCCCUUCGCGGGAUCAGAUAAUAUUUAA